AAGGACAAGUCUCGAUCCUUCUGCUCGAGAUCGAAAAGUUACAUGUGUAGGCCAUACUACACUAUAUUUCACGUUGUUGUUAUAUUUCCCUUGUUUUUAAGAUUUUACUCACAGUUAUUAGAAGAAUGAAGCUCAUUACGCAUAAUAUGUUGACUAGUAAAGGUAUAAAGAACGUAAAGGAGGGAUUUCCGCUAAAGAUACAGGCUGAGGAAGUGAGAAAUGUGGAUAUUGAUUUUGACCGGGAAUUUAUCUCUAGAACUAUACCCAAGCUGGACUGGAAUGCUCUCAUAUUUGCAGCGCAGUGUGUAGGGCACCAAGAAGACCUCCCAGAGACCUUACCAGAGAGUUAUGAUAAUGAUGAAGACCUCCUGAAGAAGUUGCAUCAUAUAUUGCUGGAGGUAUGACAAUUCUAUCGUGUUGCUCAGAAUGAGUGGAAGUGGUUGUUUGAUUCAUGAUAUG